AAACUCGUAGCUAAGCUCUAGAGAGAGCUGAGCUAGUUCGAAGUUGUCGGUUUCCGUCUUGUCGCUGUCCUUUACGCAUAUUCAAUUCAUAACACAAGUUAAAGUUAUGAUAGAAACACACACAACUGCAGAAAACUGCUGAUAAGUCGUCAAGGGCUGAGUUCGCUCUCGUGACUAUCUUCUCAGUAACGCCUAAUUUGAAGCUGUCAUCUAUAUCUUGGUUUAUACACAGCUAUGAUGGCCUGUAGCCAUGCUAGUCGUGACACCGUGGCGACCAAUUGAGGACCAUGAUGUUGCCGCCUAGGCAAUAACAGCACCGCUAUAUACCUUGAACGUUGCCGCUCCUGCAUUCUGUGAUGGAGGAGGAGGUCGGUGGGGUGGAGCCGGCUGUGGAGCCCGGCCCCGCCCAGGCCGCGGCUGAUGCGGAGCCGCUCCCGGAGUCCACGCCCCUCCGCGCAGCCUUCGUUGCCUACGCCCGCGGCGGCCCAGACUACCGUGCCCCUCCACCGGGCUACCCCGGCGCCCCGCCCCCAGGCCUCGGGGCCGAGCCCAGCAGCGCCACCCUCAACGGCAUGCCGAGCACCACGGCGCUGGAUGGCGGGCUGACCUCCGGCCCGGGGUUGGGCCUGUCCGGCUGGAUGCGCCUGUGCUCCGACCUCGGCAUCGCCGAGAGCCAGGGCGGGCCGCUGGCAGGCAGCGUGCUGCAGACGCUGCACCAAGCCUACCGGCCCCACAACGCCAAGGCGCUGCCGUACCUGGGCUUCCUGCAAGCCAUCGCCGCGCUCAGCAGCCAGCUUCGAACCAGCCUGCUGCCCGCCGUCGCAUCCCACGGCGAGGCGUUGGCUGCGCAGCAGCGCCACGCCUGGCGCUCCGCACAGCUGACGUCACUGCAGGCAACCGCGAUCACCGCCGUCAGCGCCGGCGCCGGCACCAGCGCCGCCGCGCGCGCCGCCACGGCGCGCGCGCUGCGCUGCAGCUGGAACGGCGCGCUGCCGGCGGACGCGCCGGCCGGCGGCGCCGCCGCCGCCGAUGCGGCGGCGGUGUUCCUGAUCGGACCGGAGUUGAGCCGUGAGAGCGCCAUUAUCACGGAGCUAUGGGACACAUUGGAGCAGCAGCGGCAGCAGCAGCCCGAGGCGGCGGCGCUGAUGACGUGGGUGCCGCGCGAGGCGCCGCCGCCGCCGCCGCCCAUCGUGCUCACCGCAGACUUCGGCGCUCCGGCGGCGCAGGGGCCGCAGGGUGCGAACGCCGGCGAUGCCGGGGACGCCGGCUCAGCAGCGCCGGCACUGCCGGCCGUGGGGCGGCCGGCUGGCGGCCGCGGCCGCGGCAGCCCAGGCCGCGGCGGCGCCGCGAACGGCAGUGGCGGCGGCGGCGGCGGUUCGGCCCUGCCUCCGCCACAGCUCCCGCAGCAGCGCGGCAACUGGGUUGCGGCGCAACCUGCGCCUCAGCAGCCUCCAGCACAGCAGGGGCCAACCAACCCGUACCUGCAGGGCGUGCAGCGCAGCAAGCAGUGGGCGCCGCAGCUCAAGCCGCUGCGCAGCGGCGCCGCCUCGGAGCCUGACCUCAAGGCCUACAACGCGGGGCCACCCUACAAUAACACGGGCGGCGCCGCAGGCGGCGGUGGCGGCGGCGGCGACGUGGAUCCUGAUUCCGCCUCCUCACCGCUGACGGGCGGCACCCUGCACAGAGUGGAGCAGCGGCAGACCGGUGCCGGCUUCCCCAUGGGCCCCGGCGGCGGCGGCGGCGGCGGCGGCAACCUGACGCACCGCAGCAGCGUGGAAAGCGCGACGGUGCGCCUGCCUGCGGUGAACGCAGCCGCUCGGCUGGGUGGAGCUGCAGCCGGCGGCGGCGGGCCUGAAGCAUGGGGCCGUGCCGGCUCGCCGCUGCGUCAGACCGGGCCGCUGGCGUCCUCCAGCGCGGCGGCGGCGGCGCCGGUGCGCUCGCCGGGCACCAACCUCAGCUCGCGACCCGUGACGGGCCUCAAGUCGCUGGGGGCGGAGGGCGGCGGCGGCGGUGGCGCGGACGUGAGUGGCCUGGUGGUGGCGCUGCUGGGGCGCAUUGACAGGCUGGAGAGGGCCGCGGCGGCCGCCGCGUCCAAGCUGGAGGUGGUGGGCGGCCGUGUGGCCGGCCUGGAGGCGGGCGGCGUGGCGGCGGCAGCGGCGGCGGCGGCGCCAGUCGCGGCGGCGCCGUGCCGCGACGCGCGAGCUGUGUCGGAGCAGUUGCGAGGCGAGAUGGCGGCCAUGGCCAAGGAAUGGGAGGCCAAGCAGAUGGCGCUGGAGACACGGCUGCAGGCAGCGCAGGCGCAGGCGGAGGCAUCCAAGGCGGCUGCCGACUCGGCACAACUGGCCGCUGAUUCUGCCAAGGCCGCGGCCGGCGCUGCAAUGGCCCUCGCAGAGUCGGCGUCGGCGUCGGCGGUGCAAGCCGCCUCAUCCGAGGCGGCGGCGGCGCAGGACAAAGCGGCGGCUGACGAGCGGUUGCGGCAGUUGGAGGAGCAGCUGAAAGCGCACGUGGCGGAGCAGGUGGCGGCGGUGGCGGCGGCCGCAAAGGAGCAGGCGGAGACCGCUGCGGCGGCGGUCAUAGAGGGGGCCGAACGGCGGGUGGGUGCCGGCGACUCGGCGGCUAAGGAGGCGGUCGGUCGGCUGCGCUCCGACCUUGAUGAGCAGCUUGCAAAGCUUGACGAGCAGCAGAAGAAGUUGGAUCAGCAGGCGGCGGCGCUGGCGGCGCAGCAGGAGCAGCUGGCGGCGGAGCUCAAGCAGCUGGCGGCAGCUGCGACGGCAACAGCAGCAGCAGCAGCUUCGGCGACGGCUGCGGAGGCAGCGGAGCCGAAUGCGGCAGAGCCGGAGGCGGCAGAACCGGAGGCGGCGGAGCCGGAGGCGGCGGCGGAGCCGGAGGCGGCGGCGGAGCCGGAGGCGGGUAAGGCCGAGGCGGCAACGUCUUCUUCGGAGGAGGCUGCGUCCUCAGCGGCUGCGCCGGCGGCAGCAGCAGCAACAGCAGCAGCGGCGGCGGCUGUAGAGGCGACGGUGGCGGCUCUGGCCUCCGACCUGCAGCAGCUGCGAGGGCAGGUGGCAGCGCUUCAGAAGACACAGGAGGAGGCUGCAGCUGCGUCCGCCUUGCCCGCCUCCACUGCCGAUCCCGAUAAAGCCGCCUCGCCGCCGCUGGUGCCGUCGUCCUCAGAGCGCGCAGCCGCAGAGGCGGAGGGAGGCGCCACGGCCUCCGCAUCCGCGCCGCACGCGACGUGUGCGGCGUCUGACGAGCUCCGCCGGCAGGUGGAGGCGCUGAGGGCUGAGCUGGCAGCGCUGGCGGCGGCGCGGCCGGCAGCGGCGGCGGAGCCAGCGCCGGAACCAGCGGCGGAGCAAGCGGUAGAGCCAGCGGUGGAGCCAGCGGCGGCGGUGCCGAUGACAGCGGCAGAGCAGGCGGCACAAGAGCCUGCUAAGGCGGAAGCCGGCGAUGCAGGCGGCGAUACAGGCGGCGGCGGUAGCUGCGCCAAGUGCGGUUGCACCACUUGUGCGAGUGCGGCGGCGCUGGCGGCGGCGGUGGCGGGUCUGGAGGCGGCGCUCGCCAAGCAGCGGCAAGAGCUGGACAGCAAGCUGGAAGCUGCGGCGGCUGACGCCGCCAGGGCGGCAGAAGCGGUGGCGGCGGCAGCGGCGGCUUCUGCACCCAGUGCAACCCUGCUGGCAGCAGCAGCGCCAGAUGCAACGGCCGCUGCCGCAGCCCCCGAGCCCCCGCCAAACUUCCUGCAGGCGAUGGCGGCGGCGGCUCGCGUCCCGGCGCCGUCACGAGGGCCGUCGUUAACAGUUGACGGCAUAGGUGGCGGCGCCGCCGCCGCCGUUGCGAGCGCCAGCAGCAGCGGCGGGUUGGAGGCGCGCGUAGCGGAGCUGGCGGCGGAGGUGAGGAAGGCGGCAGAGCUCGCCAAGUCCGCACACGCCGCCGCCUGCACCGCCGCCGCGGCAGCGGCGGCGGGUGACGGCGCUGGCGGCGGCGGCGGAGCCGCUGCCGCUGCCGCUGAGGCGGCCGUCGCAAGCAAGGCGGUCAGGGAGAUGUCAGCGUCGGUGCAGAAGCUGUUUGGUCUGGUGGCGGAUCAAGGCGCACAGCUGACCAAGCUGGACGCCCAGGUGGCGGCUGCAAGCAAGGCGGCGGCGGCGCCGCCGCCGCCGCCGGUAAGCCAGCGCCCCUCCUUGGCUGGCGCCGACGCCGACGCGGCCGUUGCAGCGGCGCCGGCGCCAGCGGCAGAGGCGGCGGCGGCGGCAACCGAGGUGGCAGCGGUGGUAGCCACGCCUGCAGAUCUGUCGGUGCUGACGUCGCGCGUGUCGGUGCUGGAGGCGGAGGUCAGCCGCCUCGGCUCGGAGGCAGCGGCAGCUGCCUCCAGCUCCGCUGCAGCUGCAGCUCCCAGCGGAGACGCUGCAGCUGCCGCGGCCGCUACAGCCGCCGCGGCACCCGCCGCCGAUGUCUCAGCGAAGCUGGAGGAGGUGGCGCAGAUGGCUGCGGCGGCGCUGGCGGCGGCAAAGGAGGCGGUGGCGGGCGCCGCCACUGCACAGGCACGUGCCGACGAAGCAUUGGUGUGCGCCACGGCUGCUGCAGCUACUGCCGCGGAGGUGGCGACGCCAGCCACCGCCGCUGCUGCUGCUGCUACUUCCAAUGCGCCGGCGUCCAAGGAGGCUGCGGAUGCGGGUACGGCGACGCCGUCGGUGCCGGCAGCAGCAAUGGCAGCAAUGGCAGCAGCAGUAGCAGGGGGCGCCUCCGCAUCCGAGGUGGAGGCUCUGGCCGGCAGCGUGGCGGCGCUGCGUGGGGAUGUGGCGGCGGUGCAGGCGGCCGUGGACGAGCUGCGGGCGCAGCAGGCGGCGGCGGCGGCGGCGGCGACGGCAGCGGUGGCAAAUAUUCCUGCCGAUGCCGCGGCUGUCAGCACCAGCAGCAGUGCGGCGGCGCCAGAGGCUUCAGAAGCUGCCGCGCCCGCCACGGCGGCCGCCGAGCCGGCCGAGGCGGCGGACGCAGCUGCUGCUGCUACUGCGGCGGCGGCCCUGGCUGCUCGUGUGGCGGCUGUGGAGGCGGGACUGUCGGCCUUGGUGACACACGUCGAGGAGGAGAGGGCCAAGCAGCAGGCGGCCGGGCGACAGCAGCAGACGGCGGGGCCACAAGCGGAGGCUGCUGCUGAGGCUGAGGCCGCCGACGCCGAUGCCGACGCCGCCACUGCGUCGCAGGACCCGACGGCCACAGAGCCCAGGGACGCGCCUGCCGGCAGUAGCGCAGGCGAGGUCGCGGCGGCGGCGGCGGUGGCGGCACGGGUCGAGGAGCUGUCGACUGGGCUACAGGAGAUCUCCAUUCGUGUCGAGGCGCUCAUACUGGCAGUGACGGCUUCCACUGCCGCCAGCGCCAGUGCUGCCAGCGCCGCGGCGGCGGCUGCAGGUGCAGCUGCGCCGGCGCCAGCCGAUGGCCACGCCAGCGCCGCUGCAGCGGCCGAUGCCGAAGAGGCCGCAGCGGCUGAGGCCGGGGCGGCGGAGGCUGCACCGGUGGAGUCGCCGUUCACGGCGGGCGCGCAGGCUGUAGCAGCGGAGGGGGCGGAGCACGUGCAGCGACUCACAGCUGACGUGGCGGAGCUACGGGCGCGUCUGACAGCUAUCGAGGCAGCUACAGCCGGCGCCGCCGCCGCUGCCGCAGCUGGUGCUGGUGCUGCCGCCGCCUCUGCGGCCGCGGCAGUGGAUCUGCGGACUGUCUCCAGCAGCCAAUUGCCGAGUGAGGUGGUGCCGCAGGAGCCGCUGGCGUUUGCGCCGCCGCCGGUGGUCGAGGCUCUGAAGGCCGUGCAGGCGGGCAACGCGCCGGACGCGCUGGCGACACCGCCCCUGACCAAGGUCCUCCGCCACAUCGACACCGUACACGCGGACGUGCACCAAGGCAUGCACGAGAUCAGCGACGCCCUCGCCUCCGACCUCUCACAGCGCCUGGCAGUCACCGCCGCCGCGCUCACAGCGCUGCGCGACCGCGUCGUCGCCCUCGAGGCAGCAUCUGCGGCGGCGCCGCCGCCGCAGGCGGCGGCGGAGCCGCAGGCGGAGCCGCAGGCGGCGCCGGCCCUGGUUGAGGAGUUCCAGCGGCGUCUGGACCGGCUUGCGGCGGAGGUGCGGGCCAACCUGGACCAGGUCAGCAGCGCGCUGGCCAACGACGUGGAGCAGGCGCGCACCGACAUGGCCGUCGCCGUGUCGCGCCAGGUCGCCGCCGCCGUGUCCACCGCCGUCACGCCGCGCGGCUCCUCUUUAGGCAUGGCGCUGAUGGCGGCGGGUAGCGAGGACGGGGAAGGCGGCGGCGGCGGCGGCGGCGCGAGGGCGGCGAUGCGGGAACGCGGCUCCACUGCGUCACUGUCCGCGGGCGCAGCGGGGCUACGAGGAGGAGGAGGGGAAGGCGAUGAUGCGGAGGCGGCGGGUGCGGGUGCGGGUGCGGGUGCGGGUCAGGCGGACGCCGCGCUGCUGCGGGCGCUGCAGGAGCGGCUGACCUCGGUGGAGGCGGAGGUGGCGGAUGUGACCAAGGAGGUGGCGGACGUGUGCGCCGCCGCCGACAUCACCACGGAGAGCGUGGAGCUGCUCACCAAGCACCUGCAGGCGUUCGAGGCCAAGCUAGGCGAGCUGGCGCAGCAGCGGCCGGUGUCUGUGGCGGCGGCGGCGCCAGCGGUGUCGGCACCGCCGGCGGCUGUUGGCUCCGGGGCAUCCACGCCGCAGGCAGGCGACGGCGCCGCCGGCACAAGCACCCAGCCCACGCCGCCGCUGACCCCCCCUGGUGUGGGCGGCGGCAGCGGUGUGGCCGACCUGGUGGCUCUGCAGGGCAUCCUGGUGGAGAUGCGCGGGCGGCUGGAGGAGCUGGGCGAGGUGGUGGAGGAGCAGGAGCACGGGCUGGACGUGCUGGCGGCGGCCACCGAGGCCGCCACCGUCACCAGCCGCGCCGCCACCAGCCGCCUUGACACCGUCGAGUCCGCCCUGGCGGCGUUACGAGCCGAGAUGGCGGCGGCGCUGGCUGGCGGCGCUGCCGGCGCCAACCUCAGCGUCAGCGGCGGCAUGCAGGAUAGCUCCCUUCCGCAGCGUCACCGCUCCAUCCUUGCCUCCCGCUCGAGAGCCAGCCUCACCAACACACCCGAAGGCGGUGCGGGGGCGGGGGCCCUAGGGCUGCCGCCGCUGCCGCCUGGCGGUGCCGGUGCCGGCGCCGGCCCUGGCGGGCCGCCGCCGGUGAGCGCGAGCGGCGACACGCCGCCGUGGUCGUCACAGGCGGCGGCGCGGCCGCGUGUGGGCUUCGGCGCGGCGGCGGAGCUGGAAGACACCAAGGCAUCCGUGGCCGACCUGGAGGCCAAGCUCUCGGAGCUGUCCCGCGCCGACAAGGCCCGUGACGCCGCCGUCGCCGCCCUGUCGGCCCAAGUCGACGAGGUCACCCGGCGCCUCGGAGACCUGGACACACGCGUCACGGACGCAGCCAUGGAGGCGGCGGCGGCGCAAGCCGCCGCCGCAGCCGCGGCCGCCGCUGGCGGCGGCGCCGCAGGCGGCGGCAAUGCGGGCGCAGCCGCCGAGUACGAGUACGAGGAGAGCGCGGACUCGUACGGGGUCAGUGAGGUGGGCCGCAGGCCUGGCGGCGGCGCUGCUGGUGGCGGCGGCGGCGGUGGCGGCGGCGCAAGCGCCGCCGACCUGGAGCGCCUGAAUGGGGAGCUGCAGGCGCGGCUGAAGGCGGCGGUCAAGGUGUUGGAGGGGCGGGUGGCGGCGGACCGCGAGGUGGCGGCGGCGGGCAUCGGGGAGCUGGGCAAGGGGCUGGGGGUGCUCAAGCAGAAGAGCGUGCUCAUUGACGAGGUGAUCAUCAAGCUGGCGCGGCGGCUGGACAAGUUGUUCCGGCGUGUGCAGGAUAUGCUGGAUGCGGAUCAGGCGGAGACGAUGUCCACCUACUCGGUCAUCGGCCGAGACCAGCUGGGAGCUGGCGGCGCCGGCGGCGUCUCGCGCCCUACCUCCGCCGUGCUGCCACACGUGCUGGCGGCGACCAAUGGCGGCGGCGGCGGCGGCGGCGGCGGUCAUGCGGCGCUGCCGCGAUCCGCCAGUCUGGAGAGUAACUACCAGGAUGGCGUGGAGACGCCGCCGGAGGGAGGGGCGGGCAGCGCGGCCGGCAGUGCGGCCGGCAGCCGGGCGCACUCGACCGCGCAGGCGCGCAUGUCACCGGAGCUGCAGCGGGAGGGGGCGGCGGCGUAGGCGUAGGCGCAGGCGCAGGCGUAGGCGCAGGCGCAGGCGUAGGCGCGGGAUAAGGGACGGCGUGGGAGCAGGGUCGUUGUGCUGGGAGGAAUGGGGUUCCAGAGGACAAACCCCACGGUGCGCUGGGGAGGUAAGGAUGAGGGGCUGCAGAAGGGCGUCACCGGGAAGUCGCGGCGUGUGUGCUGUUAGUUUGCUGCCGGGCAGAGCGCUGCUUGCCUGUGACGAUGGUGACGAGAACCGAAUGCGUCCGGAAUGGUGGAUUAUCAAUGCAGGUUACGGUAGGGUAGCGCCGGCGUCAGCCGGUUAUGCGUGUGGCAGGCUGAGUCUCAGCGGUGGCGGCGAUUACUUGGAUUGCUGUGCAGGGAGCUGCGAUGCUGCUUGAAGAGAGUUAAUAAAAAGCUCCGGGGGGCAACAAGGGCACUCGGCGCUUGUGCAUUUUGCGCAGUGCUUAUUGGACCUCCACGGAUUUGGCGCCAUGCAGGAGGCACGAGGCACGGCAUGAUCGGUCGUAGCCCCCAUGCGGCUAUGGUGCCGUGUUGCAGUUGCGGAUGGAGCAGGGGGCUUGUUUCGUUAAACAACUGACACGCCGUUGCGUAACUCAUUUGCUGGCAUGGAGUUGCAUUCGAGCGCAUCUGCGCAUGUCUUUUGCUUGCGCUGUUGCCAAUAAGACGCUUCCUUCUGUGCGCAACGACCAUGGGGGGUGUCACGGUGGAUACCUGGGUGGGCCGGCAAUUCGUGGGCUAUGGAAGGGGGUAUGCCGUAUGCAUUGUGAGAACUGACGUGGCGAAUGCCGCCCGACGCAACUGCGGUAGUUGUGCGUGUUGCUCUAUUACUCUGUAGGCGCGAAUACGCUCACAGCAGGUACGGCUUGCAGCGGGGCAAUGGCCAGCGAUGCUAAACAUACGGUAGGGCGGGGAUGUGCGAGGUUCACUCGUUUGGAGGCCGCAUACCGUACGGCGUUGGGCAUCUGGUGAGCUCGGUUCAGGGGGGCCCCUGGCUCGGCUUGUAUCGCCUCACCCAGGGUGAUGUGCCUUUCCUGCGCGAGGGCAGAUGCCCUUGGGUCCUUGGAAGGGUCGAAGACCGCACUUUAUCCUGAAGGGCUGGCGUAAGUGCGUAGGGCAAGGCAGCGCGUGUGCCACACUGAUGUGCGCUGUACAUGUGUGAUGCCGCCGGGUGAACUGCAGCACUCGGCGCCUGGACCCGGGGCGCUGUGCACUUCAGGCAGUGACAUCCCUAGCUAGCUAGCUGCAUGCAUGUGUCAGCGGCCCGGCUCUGGCAGCAGGGCCGCGGGCUCUCAUGCGGGCCGGAGGGAUGAGACACGCGAACAGGGCAAGAGGCACAGUCCUCGCUACCCUGUCCUCCUUACUCCACCCCGGCGUACGUGCUUAACACGCAGAGCUUGCCAUAUUACUGCACGACAAUGGUUCAUGCGCGUAAGAACCCCAGUGAAAGCUGGAAUAGAUAUAU